UUUUGUUUUGCCGCCAUGUUUGAAUAUCGAUCAGAAAGGAUGAGAGAAUAUGAGAAGAAAAGUGUGUGAUAAAGUUUGCAUAUUUCGACUGAAUCAAUUACGAUCAUGGGAGGUUGCUGUUGUUCACGUGAAACAAAAAUUGAGCCUAUCAAUACCAAAGUAAAGUCAGCAAACGAUGACCAAAUUGAAGAAGAUGAAUUCGAUGGCCCGUUGGAGGACCGCAGCUGCAGAGACGUAUUGUUCUUACUGAUAAUGAUAGCAUUUAUCGGAGGAAUGGGAUAUUUUUCUUUUCUUGCUUUCCUUGGUGGAAAUCCAAACAAGUUAUUACAUGGAACCGACAGUUGGGGUAAUGUUUGUGCUCAGCCAAAUAUAGGCAUUCCAGAUGCCCAACAUUCUGGACGUGAUAUGACUCAAAAAACAAAGGUGUACUAUUUCGACUUUACUUCACUCGCUAAUCCCCUGGUCCAGUCGUUGCGUAUCUGCGUAAGUGAUUGCCCGAGUGUUACAUCAUCGGAUCUCUCGGAUCUUGCGACCACUCAUGGUGUGAAAUUAUGUCGUUACGACAAACUAGUUGGAACGUAUCCUAACGCACAUCUAAUAGCGGACGAUGAGUGUCCGGCCACGCCUAUUGAACCUCACGUAUCGCUUGUCAAUAGAUGCAUACCAAAGACCCUUAUAAAGGUUGGCAAAUCUGUCAUAAGCUCUUUUUCAACAAUCCUUAACUCACUGGAUGCAGAUUUCGUCGCAAAAGUUUGCUCGGAUAUAAGCAACUGCUGGCAGAUUAUCCUUUACUUAUGUGCCAUCGCAUUCGGGAUAUCCUUGAUUGUAAUAUUCCUGCUCAAAUUCUUCGCCUGUCUUCUUAUUUGGAUAAUGGUAAUCGGUUGUGUACUAGGAUCUUUAGCGGCAAGUGCAUAUUGUUGGUACAAUUGGUAUGGUUACUUUUCAUACGUAAAAGAGACCGAGUUGAAAGACGCAUCAUUGGUAACUUCGGUGGACAUAGAAACUCGACAAACCUGGCUCAUCUACGCCAGUGUGGUAUCUGGGAUAGCAUUAAUCGUGUGCCUAGUCAUGCUGGUGAUGAGAAAAAGAAUACAAUUGGUCGUACAACUUUUCAUGGAGGCAGGGAGCGCAUUGGGCAAAAUACCGAUGCUUUUGUUUCAACCGAUUUGGACAAUAAUCAUUCUAAUUGGAACGAUAGGUGGGCUUCUGUACAUAUUUGCCUGGAUGCACACAUCUGCGCCACCUAUCGUCAAAGAUGAUGUCGUAACGUAUGAGGCCGAUAAAAUUCUUUUCUACACAAAAUGGUACCACGUGUUCGGUAUGCUUUGGAUAAGCCAGUUUAUCCUUGCCUGCCAACAAGUAGUAAUCGCCGGAGCCAUUGCUACUUGGUAUUUCAAGCGUGAUAAGUCAAAGAUGGGAUUUCCAAUCUGUGCAUCACUCAAACGAUUGAUAUGCUACCAUCUUGGAUCAGUUGCGUUUGGUUCGUUAAUAAUCGCCAUCGUGCAGCUUGCAAGGAUGAUUUUAGGGUACAUUCAUCAAAAGGUGAAUAACAAGCCAGGUGUUGGAGCAGUCGCCAAAUUCAUACUAAAGUGCCUCAAGUGUUUGCUAUGGUGCUUUGAAAAAUUCCUGAAAUAUCUCAACAGGAAUGCGUACAUCGAGAUCGCAAUAUAUGGAUACAGUUUCUGCAAAUCUGCGAAGAAAGCGUUUCUACUGCUUGUGGCGAAUGUGCUCAGAGUCGCCGCAAUAAAUUCCGUCGGAUUCUUCGUACUUUUCCUCGCCAAAGUUGGAACUGUGGCGAUUGUCGGAAUUGUAGGACUUGAAUUCAUUAAGAUUGUACAAACCACAGCAGGGCUGAACUUUUUCUGGGUGCCAUUACUCUUUGCAUGUAGUUUUGCCUUCUUUAUUUCACACUGCUUCCUACAAGUCUAUGAGAUGACGAUCGAUACGAUAUUUUUGUGUUUUUGCGAGGACUGUGAAAGAAACGAUGGGGUUAGGAAACCAUAUUUUAUGUCUAAAGGACUCAUGGCGUUCGUUGAGAACAGCAAAGAAGCAUUGGAUGCGGACAAAGAACGGAAAAAGACAAAGGCGCUUGCGAAAGUAAUAACAAAAACGAUGAAUUAAUUUUACAGUCAUAUUCUUUACUCAUUGAUUAGCCCAAGUGAUAGCCUAUACGCGACUUCAAUUUUGAUUCAAUUUCAUAAAAUUUACCGUAAAAUAAAUAGUGUGACGCAUUUCAUUAAAACAUUACUAAAUGAUAUUGCUGUGCCGUCAGGGUCAGUUAUCCCCUGCCUGUCAGUUCGUCUGGUGCAAUUUACUCAUGUAUUCCCGGGGCACUUUUUUGUUUACUUGUUCAUCGUAUGUAAAGUAAAACUCCAUUUACCCAAUAAUAUCGUAUGUAUAGAGAAUGUGUUGCAAAAUUCUAUGGGCAAUAAAUAAUGGUGUGUAUCUUCAAGACUAGGAUAUUGGUAAUGAAGUAUGCACCCGCUGACCUUAAGUUAUGUCCAGUUAUCUUAAUUGGUACUACAGCAUUGAACGUCAGAGAGUGAGAAAUAUACCUGAAUAAUUGUGAUAAAACAAUUAUGCCUUUUUGUGCUACAUGUAUUUCUUUGUAUAUUUUCUGAAACCAAGAUAAACGGAUUCGCUUCAAUAGAGCAGAUUACUUUUCUGAAACAGGUUUCUUAACGCAUUUGGAAUGAAUGUACUUACCACUUUAGCACCAUUGUCAAUAACACCCGCUCGAACUGUUAAAUCACGAAGUGCCAAGGACGUAAUAAUAACAGCAAAUAGAUAUCCCAUUGAACACAUUUUGUCACUUCUUGAACUAUGUUCUCUUGAGAUCUGACAAACUAUGUAUAUAUAAGACUAAAAGGAAAACGUAAUACCCAACGUAUUAGUGAAUACGGAUUACGAGUCAAAAGGUAAAUAUAAAGUACCUUAAUGUCUUUGUAAAAGAGUAAUUAGAAAGAUACAAUGCUAACGCGGUUUUUAUUAACGUGAGAAAACGUCAUACCGAUAAAUAAUUGAAAUUUAAAUGGGAUGAGUAUUUAAUGCUAAAGAUGGGCCUCCCGUCAUCAUUCUGAUGUUUCACAUGUACAGCAAUAAGC